AGAUGAUCCCCAGGCUCAGGUACCGGAGGAGGAGGAGCAGGAGGCGGGGAUUCCCAGUUAAAAGGCUCCAGAUUUGUGUACCAGGCAGCGAGAACCGAAGUCCUGGGCCCUCCUCCACUGGGUCCGAAUCAGUAGAUGACCCUGCCCCCUGGAUUCUGGAAGACCUCGCCAUGGGACGCCCCCCACCUGGUGCAGCCUGGACCUGGAUUCUCCUGCUCUUGACGUGGGCAGCUUGGGCAGGACGCCCCAGGGCACAGGAGUCCAAGCUGCUGGAGGGCCAGGAGUGUGAGCCCCAUUCGCAGCCUUGGCAGACAGCCUUGUUCCAGGGCCAGCAGCUGCUCUGUGGGGGUGUUCUUGUAGGUGCCAAAUGGGUCCUCACGGCUGCCCACUGUAAAAAACCGAAGUACACAGUGCGCCUGGGAGACCACAGCCUGCAGAAAAAGGAUGGACCAGAGCAAGAGAUAUCUGUGGCCCGCUCCAUCCCACACCCCUGCUACAACAGCAACGACAGUGACAACCACAACCAUGAUCUGAUGCUACUACAGCUACGUGACCGGGCAUCCCUAGGGUCCAAAGUGAAGCCCAUCAGCCUGGCGGAUCACUGCCCCCAAGUUGGCCAGAUGUGCACCAUCUCAGGCUGGGGCACUGUCACCAGUCCCCGAGAGAAUUUUCCUGACACCCUCAACUGUGCAGAAAUAAGAAUCUUCCCCCAGAAGAAGUGUGAGGACGCCUACCCAGGACAGGUCUCGGAUGGCAUGCUCUGUGCAGGCAACAGCAAUGGCGCAGACACAUGCCAGGGUGAUUCUGGGGGCCCGCUGGUAUGUGAUGGUGUACUCCAAGGCAUCACAUCCUGGGGCUCAGACCCUUGUGGGUGGCCCGAGAGACCUGGCGUCUACACCAACAUCUGCCGCUACCUAGACUGGAUCAAGAAGACCAUGGGUAGCAAGGGCUGAUCCUAGAAUGACCCCUGGAUCUUCCUCAAUAAACUCACAACUCUAGCUGG